AUGGACCAAACAUUCAAACAAGAGAUAUUCCCUCAGCAAACUGGGCCAUCUUCCUAUGCUGUAAUUCCACAAGAGAGUUGGGCUAUGGGUCCAGCUCUCCACGGUGGCUGUGUGGCUGCAGUAAUUCACUCUACAGCUCUGAAAUAUCUCACUACAGCCCUUGCAAAGUACAAGCAACCCGAUGUCCUCACUCUUCACAUUGAAUAUCUGCGGUAUUGUACUACGCAAACACUCGAUAUCGAUGUCAUCGAGUUAAAGCGCGGAAGUUCCCAUUGCACCAUUCAGCUACAGGUCUCACAGGAUAAACAACUGAAGGUCGUCGGCCUGAUUACAUCUACGAACUUUGCCCAGACCCUGGGGCCUACGAGCGAUACCCAGUGGGCCUUGAACCCUCCUCCUACCUCUGCUCCUGACUUUCACAAGAUUCUAUCAAAUAAACCUGACCCCAAAUGGGUUCCUGGCCUCACAAAAGGUGAGGUUUUCCCAAUGGGUGAACGUAUCAUAUCUCUGUGUGAACGAGGCGGAAUGCAAGUCGACGGCUUGGUAGAUGCUUGGAAUGGGUUCCCUGGUGAGAAAAUGCAAGCCCCCCACAUAUCUUUAAUGUGCGACUUCAUGCCCUCAAUGGCAGACACUCUGCUGGGGAGUGGUGGGAUGUACGAUGGCCGAAGUAAUCUCAGGAAGAUGGAAGCCUGGGCAGAAAAGAACCCCGGAGUCGUUUGUGAGUUGGAGACAUCUCUAUCUGAAGCUGUGGAUGCACAGUUCAGUGAAAAUACAGUGUCUUUGGAUAUUGAGUUUAAAAAGCGGCUUCCGGAAGAUGGUCUCCAGUGGAUCUUUAGUCGCGUGGUGACCAAGAAGCUCCAUGGUGGAAGAAUGGAUAUGGAUAUCACGAUAUACGAUGAGACAAUGGACUUGGUAUGUUUGUCGAAACAGGUUGUUCUCGUUCUCGACGCAAAGAAAAGGUACCAUCAUGCUGCGAAGAAGGCAAAUCUAUAG